CUCUUAUACACUGCAUGCUAGGUAAUGCUAUGCAGAUAGCUUCUAGCACCGACUUAUUCGAAUAGCCAAGAUGAAGCGCGCUCACUUACCGAUCGAGACGCUGCCGGCGUGGGUGAAGCUCAAUGGAAUCGGGGUGGAGAGCGUUGUCUUCGGUACUCUGGGUACGGAUCACCAUGAGAAUGAUACCUCGGGCAGCAGCAGCAGCAGCAACAGCAACAAGGGCACAGGGAUCAUCGCCACGGAGGACCGCGCCGGGGGCGAGUCCGCUCUUGGUGCCGUGGAUACGGGGGUUCUGUUGAAGGUGCCCCCGGAUCUGAUCCUGUCGUUGGAGACGGUGCAUGGGUAUGCCAAGUCGGAUGGCCGGCUGAGGGUGGUGCUGGAGGCUGUUGGGGAGUUUGCUCGGACCCCGCGCGGCGCGAUCUUGAUCUUCUUGCUCAUGCAGAUCACGCACUCCAGUCCGGAUUGCACGGGCCAAAGCCAAGCGGUGGGGGUGGCGGGCCCCUGGACGGAGUAUAUGAAGUACAUGCCGCGGGAGAUUCCGCUGCCCACGUUCUACUCGGAGGCGGAGUUGGAGCUGCUGCGCGGGACCUCGCUGCGGCUGGCGGUGCAUGCGAAGCUGGCGGCGUUGGAGAAGGAGUUUGCGCGGCUGCGGGAGGCGACGCGGGGGAUUGACUGGUGCAGGGAGGUUUGGUGGGGUGGCGAGGAUGCUGAUUCUGGCGGUGAUGAUCUUGAAGGUAAUGGUGAUGAUGACGUUGCUGGAGAAGAGGCGGCGCGGUUGACGCUCGAGGACUGGAAAUACGUCGACGCGCUGUAUCGGUCCCGGAUGGUCGAUCUCCCGACCAGCGGGCAUGCGAUGGUCCCCUGCAUUGACAUGGCGAAUCAUAGCUCUGAAGAGACGGUCAAGGCGCUGUACGAUGAAGAUGCGGACGGGAAUGUGGUGCUGCAGUUGCGUUAUGGGAAGAGAGUGCGUGCCGGGGAAGAGGUGACUAUCUCGUACGGCGACGAGAAACCCGCGUCGGAGAUGAUCUUCUCUUACGGCUUUCUGGAUCGAGAGACCGCCGAUGCGAAGCAGAUCUUUCUGGAUCUGGAUAUUCCAGACGAUGAUCCGCUGAAGGUUGUUAAAAAGGCGUUCUGUAAGGAGCCCCCGGGCGUGCGGGUGUAUACUUCGGCUACAGAUUCCGAUUCAGCCCCCACCACGGCCUGGGAAAGCUCGAUCAUCUGGUGGGCGUGUGUGAAUGAGGAGGAUGGGUUAGAUUUCACGGUCCUCCAGACCAAUGAUGGGGGGCGUGAGCUGAAGGCUCUGUGGAAGGGGGCUGAGUUGCGGGAUUCGGCUCAUCUCAGCGAGCUGCUCCGUGCGGACCCGCAUUGGGAUAUCAUCCAGCUUCGCGCGGUGGUACUUAUUCUUGAGAGGCUGGAGACGCAGGCUUGGGUGCUCAGGGAGACGGGGCUGAUGGUGUCUGAAAUCGAUGAGAAUGAGGACAUGCGGGCGAUGUUCAGGCCGGAUGUUUAUGAUAUGAUUAAGCGGUUACGGGUGUUGGAGAUGAAUUUGCUGGGUCGGGGGAUUGAGGGUUUGGCCAUGCGGAGAGACGAGCUCAUGGCCAGUCCGGCGGUCAGUCAGUAUCUGGGGCAGCAGCAGCCAGAGACGGUAGGGGCGGAGGACGUCUCCAGCCAGCAGCAGUCUGAAGAUGUUGAAGACGAUUUUUCUUGAUGCGUAUCCUGAGGGAUUCCGUCGAAAAGACGACUCGACUAGGUAUAGAAGUCUAGUCCACUCAAGACAAGCCAUAAGCGUACGGCGUGGCAGUAUCGAUUCGAUCAGUAGCGGUAUAGUAUCAAG